UGAUGGUACAUCUCGCAGACUUGAAUCCUGUCGUUGAAUUGUAUGAAGUACUUCCUGUGGCUGGGUUUCCUUAUCCACCUUUGGUUCAAGAUUCUGAACCCCAAAUACCACAGCCUCUUCCUGAGCCGCAGCCUGAAAUGAUGGUACAUCUCGCAGACUUCAAUCCUCUCGUUGAAUUGGAAGAAGUGCUUCCUGUGGCUGGGUUUCCUUAUCCACCUAUGGCAUAUCAGCGCCGAUCAGAAGGGGCUUUUGCUGAUGUCGAGUCUCUGGCUUUAUUUACUGCAUUCCAUCUGAACGGUAAUGUUACUGAUAUCGAUACUCUUCGAGAUAUGUUCCCUUAUAUCCUCGGCUUGAGGAAUAAUGUUUCUUUGAAUACCAAAUUGCGUAAUUCAAGAAAUUCAGCUGUCCUUCAUCUUAUCGAAUUACUCGCCCUCGUACCCCAGUUGUCGUGAUUCCACCUGCCCAUGCUGGUAGAAAUCAGGCGGCUGGACAUUGAGGUGAAUGCUGGG